ACUAUUAUCAAUUUGAUGAUCUAUUGACGCCUGAGGAGCAGGCUGUCAGAUUGAGAGUAAGACAGUGUUUAGAGAAACACGUUGCUCCUAUUAUGGCAGAGUAUUGGGAGAAGGCAGAGUUUCCAUUUCAUGUUAUUCCAAAGUUUGGUGCAUUGCGUAUUGCUGGUGGCACGAUCAAGGGUUAUGGGUGUCCUGGUCUUUCUAUUACAGCAAGUGCUUUUGCUACAGCUGAAAUUGCUAGAGUUGAUGCAAGCUGUUCUACUUUCUUCCUAGUUCAUUCCUCACUUGCAAUGCUAACUAUUGUGAGAAUGGAUUUCCAGCUCUCUUGCUGAUUGUGAGAAUGGUUUCUCCGUGCAAAUGCAAGAAUUAGUUUAUCUCCCUUAGCAGCAUAGAGAAGGAAGAUUCUGAGUUUGAUGUAGGAAGGAAGAAG